UGGGCGCCACACUUCGCCAAACCCGGUCCGCGAAGGUUUCUCCCAGGAACGAUGGCUACCUACAGCCUGGCGAACGAGCGACUGCGCGCCCUGGAGGACAUAGAGCGCGAAAUUGGCGCCAUCCUUCAGAACGCAGGAACCGUGAUCCUCGAACUGUCCAAGGAAAAAACCAACGAGCGGCUCCUAGACCGGCAGGCGGCAGCCUUCACCACUUCUGUGCAGCACGUGGAGGCGGAGCUGUCGGGUCAGAUCCGCUACCUCACCCAGGUGGCCACGGGGCAGCCGCAUGAGGGCUCCAGCUAUUCUUCAAGGAAGGACUGUCAAAUGGCUCUGAAGCGAGUCGAUUAUGCCCGCCUCAAGCUCAGUGAUGUGGCACGAACCUGUGAGCAGAUGCUAGAGAAUGAAGUCAAGGAGAUGAUUCAGACCAUGACUUGCACCUUGGGACAGAACCUGGAGACCCGUAGGACUGGGAGCACACAGUAGGACUGAGCAUACAGUAGCAUGUACAUGCCCUGCCGGUCAGGGUAGACUAGGACAAAGGGGCUGAAAGUAGAAAUGGAGAAUCUAAAGCCCAAGGCUGCCGGCAGAUCUGUCUAGGUCUGCAAGCAGGUUGCUCCUGCUUUCCACUACACAAACUCAGAAGUCAAAGACUCCAUUGCCCAGCCCACUUCUCAUGUACACCCUGCCCAAGGGUUCCAGAACACUUGGCCCGAUGAAGAGAAUUUUCUUUCCAUAAGCCAAGUAUGGUGACUUACACCUGUCAUCCCAGCACUCAAAGCUGAGAAAGGAGGAUUGCUGUGAAUUUGAGAACAGCCCUGGGCUACAUAGUGGGUUCCAACCUAGAGUAUACAAUGAGACCUUCCCUUGAAAAAAAAAGAAGAUUAUGUUCCUCAUUGGAAGAGGCAAAACAGGAACUGUUUGAAUAAUAAAAGUUGUAACUUUUUUUUAAC